UUCAUCUUCCAUACUCAUCAACAAAUCUUCAGGUGCAAUCAGAAUCACAGAACCUUCCAGUCAGACUCCGGAAAAUCUCAGAUUACAUUGAAAUGAUAGCCUUCUCGUUGUCUUUGCCAACCUUACUCGUGGCUGCUGUUGCCCAGGCCGAGCUAUCAUUUGAAACCAAGCCGAGAAAAACUCUGGAAAAAUCCAUCAACUGGGGACAGUGUAGCCCGGAACUAGAAGAGAGUAACGGUGCAAAUGUCACAAUUCAGUGCGCUUGCCUAGCUGUACCACUAGACUACACCAACCACAGCAAUAAAGCCACCAUUGACCUAGAGCUCCUCCGCGUUCCCGCACUCAGGGGUCCAAACAAGGGCAGUAUUCUCCUCAACUUCGGUGGCCCCGGAGGAGAUGGCAGACACAGUCUUGCCAACACAUCGACGCAGUAUUCCGUCGCUUCGAACUACGUACACGACUUGAUAGCUUUCGAUCCAAGAGGGACUGUGAACACCCUUCGAACCUCUUGUAUGAACAAUGAAGAAAACAGCGUUUUCACCGCAAAAUAUCCAAUGUUUUCGAAUGUAUCAGACGUUCAACUAUCCCACCAUUGGGUUGGUUCCGAAAUACUUGCAAACGCAUGCUACAAGAACAUGAGCAAUUUUGGCCAUCUCAUAGGCACGGGAACAACCGCUCGAGAUCUCAUGAGUGUCGUUGACGCACUCGGUGAAGACGGACUACUGCGAUUUUGGGGAAUUUCAUACGGUACAGUCUUGGGUGCUACCGUUGCUGCUAUGUUCCCUGAUAGAAUGGACAAACUUGUACUCGACGCAGUUGUCAACGCGCAUGAGUACUACAAUGGAUACGAAUUUGAGUAUCUUACGAAAGCCGACGCAGCAUUGUCGGGCUUUUUCGAAGGAUGCAUUGGUAACGCUUCCAAUUGCGCACUGGCCAAUGGCAAUGCUACUGCCGCCCAACUCGAGAAUCAGUUCUACGAAUACCUUUGGAAUAUCAAAGUAAAUCCUUGGCUUUUCAAUGGAAACGCAUCAAUCGACUAUGUUACAUUGAAAGACUACAUGCUGGAAGCUAUCUACGCCCCCGAAAGUUGGCCUGCUACGGCGAUAGCUCUUGAUGGACUAUACAAAGGAAACGCGACGGCCUUAAUAAAAGCGUCGAUAGGAACGAGCAUGUCCGAAGAGGGCACGCCUAACGCUAUGUUCGCUAUCAGAUGUUCUGAUAAACGUGUUGAGGAGAAGAGUCGCAAUCAUCUCUUCCAGAUCUCCCGCGAAAAGUACACUCUUUCGAACAUCGCAGGCGACACGGAUGGGUUUCAAGAAAUGGCCUGUGCCCAUUGGCGUAUGCCGUCUAAGGAACUCUACGAGGGUGAUCUAUUCCAUGUCACUACUAAGAAUCCCGUAUUGUUCAUUGGAAAUACCUACGACCCUGUGACACCUGUGGAAUCUGCAAGGAAUAUGAGUGCUGCCUUUUAUGGUAGUGUUACGCUCGAACAUUUCGGAUAUGGUCACUCCAGUUUCGCCCAGCAGUCGGCUUGUACUUUCCGCGCUAUACGUGCAUACUUCAACGAAGGCCAGCUACCGCCAGUUAACUCGACAUGUAUUCCUGAUGUAACCCUUUUCUCGGGGCUAGGAAUUGACCACGUAAUUGCCAUAGUGGAUAAAUCGGAGUGA